AUGAUGUCACGUUUCCACGUGGUUCGAUUUUUGCACACCGAAAAAGCAACAACAUCUUUUGUCCCGUCAGCAUUCCUGAAAACUGCUCAAUUAUCGAAAUAUUUGGAGAAAAAUGUGUUGGCACAUGCACCUGGAAGAUUUAUAAUUAUACCAAAACCGUAUGGAGUUUCAUGUGUUGGACAUUUGCAAGAAAAUGGAGGGAUUUUUGGAAAUAGUGUGCAUGAUAAAGAGAAACGAGAGAAACGAAAAAUACAACUUCGAGAAGAUCAAAAAUCGAAAAAACAUGUGGAUGAAGGUGCAAAUUUGGUGGAUUGUAUUAAAGAUUUGAGAAAAAGUUUCAAAGAACCGCAACUCACAUUUUGCACAGGAUUAAAACGAUAUUUAUCAGGAGCUAUUGUAUUACCAUGUAAUGAAAAGGAGUUAUCAAAUCUUAAAAAUUCGAUUAGACAAACGUCGAGCGAGUCAGAACCUCCUUUUAUUUAUAAUGCGCUGGCUAUUACAAUUGGUCGACCUGAUAAGCAAAAAGGAGACAUUUCGGGAUUUGCGACUUUUCGAAAUGUUGGAAAACAUAAGGAAUAUAUUUUUGAGGAGAGAAAGAUUUCAAAACGAGCAAAGACUGGAAAAUUUGCGGUUGAGGGAACUAUGAGUUAUGAGGUUUUGGAUACCAAAAAUGGAUGUUCGCUGGUCGAGUUUUCUGUAAAUAAGUGUGAGUUUUUCGAACCUCCGAAUAACGAUUCAUUCACCCGAAAUAGCAAAAAUAAAAAAAAAAACUUCUAAUAUGAGUUAUCACGCGGAGUGCGAACAUUAAAAAAAAAAUAAAUAACGUCAAAAAUGGAUUUCGUGAAAGUCUGUGAAAACGUAUCUAUGAAAUUCAAGCCCUCGAAAAAAUCCCAAAAACUUCAACAAGCAAUUUUCCAGGGGCUCGCCAUCUUCCUCGACUUAUGCUAACUCGCCUCGUCUCUCCAAUUCUAGGCGACACAAUUUAUUGGAGAAGAUUAGCUGAUAUCGAUGGAUCUCCUGAACUUGUUGAAGCUGGAAAACGCGAACAUCAAAUAUAUAUUCCACCGAAACUCGGGCAGAUUCUGAAAAUUCAAGACUCUCGAGAAAUUUUGACUAGUUUGCCUAUUUAUUGCCAUGUUUAUAAAACUGUAGGUUUUGAAGAAUUCAGGAGGUUUUGAAGAAAAAAGGAAUUUUCAUAGGUUUUUGAAGAUGCUUCAAAUGAUCAAGAAAUUGUGGCAGCUUGCAAACCACCGGCUCAUUUUAUAAAAAUGCUCCAUCUUUUGGGACUUUUUAGAGCUUUCAAAAAAUUCGAAGCGAGGAAAGAAGAACCAGAUGAAAUACGAGCACAGGAAUUGAAAUUUUGA